AGCUGAUCAAGCCUGAGAUAAGUAAAACUACUCUCAAAGAAGAAUUACCAAUCCAGAAGGUCAUGGAGCAGACUGCAUCUGCUGUUGGUGAAAAAACUACACCUGUACCACCUAGGAAAAAGUCCAAGACUUCAACUGCUGCCACUGAGUCUGGACAAACUAAGGUAGAGCCUGAUGUUAUGAAAAGUACAACUGCUCAAGUGUCACAGAAAGAAUUGACAGGAACUGCACCCAAGGAAGAAAGAAAGAAAAUAGCAACUAUUGUUCUAGAUGCUGAAACAGCUGCUUCAGAAAGUGAGAUUUUACCACCCAAGCGAAAGUCUAAAACUAAGGAUACAAAACCAUCUGAGGCUGACAAGUCAGAAGAUAACAAGUCAGAACCUGAUGGAAUGAAGUCCUCUUCAACCCCACAGGGUGGCCCAGAACCAACAGAAACUAUUGUUGUAAAAGAAACUGAGCUUUCUGCAACAAAACGCUCAAAGGGUACAAAGCUCUCCCCAGAACAUGCUGCCAAGGAAGUAACAGAGACCAAGUUGAUAACUGAAACUGCUGUUGAGGAAGAACCAAAGAAUAUAGCAACAAUAAUUCUUGAUGAACCGGAGACAUCCACUAGUCUCACAGUUACAUCUGAAGUUGUACCCCCGCGGAGGAAGGCAAAGGGUACAGAGGUUUCCACAGUUCCAGAGAGAGAACAAAAUCAGUUGAUACCACCCAAGAGAAAAUCAAAGGGUUCUGAACUCCCUCUUAAAUCUGCUGACCCUGUUGAACCACAGGAAAGAGAAGAGCUAGAAGGUCAGAAACUUAAAGGUCCUGCUGACCAAAAUAAAACUGUUGUUUCUGAAGAAGCAAAGAUGGUACCAGCUAGAAGAAAGACAAAGAAUGGUGAACCUUUGACAACUUCUAAGACAGUAACUCCAAUUGAAUUACCUGAUGUAGAAAGCAAACAAACCAAAAAGGAACUUAAUCUAAAGUCUUCUACUACAGAGGUAGUAACAGGACCACCUAAAAAGACCGAUGCAGACAAAGGAAAGCUUUCACCAACCAAAAGAAAGUCAAAAGGUGAAAAAUUGUCUCAAAAGAUGGAAACAUCCGUGGUGGAUGAAAGCGGCACUCAGAAAACUGAGGCUGCUGUUGUGCAGGAAACUAUUGAUGAACUGAUCAGGAAAUCCAAGGAGGAGCUUGAAAGCAAACUGCCCACUUCAACUGAAGAGUUCAUCACAGUUGUAACUGAGAAGAUUGUCAUCAAAGGAGAGCUUGAGGGUGAUGUCACUGAUGCCAUGGUGGAAGAGACUAAAGUAAUACCUAUUCAGAGGAGGUCUAAGGAAAGUCCAGACAGUCAGAAACCAUCAUCUGAAGAGGUCAUCAAACGACUGACUGAGACUGCUGUUAGAGGAGAGGGUCUGAAAAUCUCCCCGAAACCUGUAACUGUUGAGCUGAAAACUGCCAAGGUAGAUGCUGAAAGUCAGAGGCAAACUAGAUCUCCAGGAGCAAUCACAACAACACCAGAGAGUCAGAAAAGUGAGGCUGCUCUUGUACAGGAAACUAUUGAUGAACUUGUCAAGAAGUCCAAGGAGGAGCUUGAAAGCACACUGCCCACUUCAGCUGAAGAGUUCAUCACAGUUGUAACUGAGAACAUUGUCAUCAAAGGUGGGCUUGAGGGUGAUGUCACAGAUGCCAUAGUGGAAGAGACUAAAGUAAUUCCAAUCCAGAGGAGGUCAAAGCAAGGCCCAGAGAGUCAGAGACCAACACCAUCAGAGGAGGCUGUCAAGAGACUGACUGAGACUGCUGUUAGAGGAGAGGGUAUGAAACUUUCCCAGAAACCUGGUACUGUUGAGCUGAAAACUGCCAAGGUAGAUGCUGAAAGUCAGAGGCAAACUGCAUCUCCAGGCGGGGUCACAACACUAUCUGAAAUCACAAAAACCACAACUGAGAUUCAGCAGCGAUAUCUGGUCCUCGAUCUGCCUGAGAUGGGGUCCACCCAGAUAAGUCAGAGGAUGGCAUAUAAACCAGAGAAAGAGCCUGUGGCAGGAACUGAAAGUAAACCAUCCACUACAGCUGAAGAGUUCAUCACAGUUGUAACUGAAAAGAUUGUCAUCAAAGGAGAGCUUGAGGGUGAUGUCACUGAUGCCAUAGUGGAAGAGACUAAGGUAAUUCCAAUCCAGAGGAGGCCGAAGCAAGGCCCAGACAGUCAGAGACCAAUGCCAUCAGAGGAGGUUGUCAAGAGACUGACUGAGACUGCUGUUAGAGGAGAGGGUAUGAAACUCUCCCAGAAACCUGAGCUGAAAACUGCCAAGGUAGAUGCUGAAAGUCAGAGGCAAACUAGAUCUCCAGGAGCAGUCACAACAACACCAGAGAGUCAGAAAAGUGAGGCUGCUCUUGUACAAGAAAAUAUUGAUGAGCAGGUGAAGAAGUCCAAGGAGGAGCUUGAAAGCAAACUGCCCACUUCCGCUGAAGAGUUCAUCACAGUUGUCACUGAGAACAUUGUCAUCAAAGGUGGGCUUGAGGGUGAUGUCACUGAUGCCGUAGUGGAAAAGACUAAAGUAAUUCCAAUCCAAAGGAGAUCAAAGAAAGGUCCAGACAGUCAAAAAACAACACCAUCAGAGGAGGUUGUCAAGAGACUGACUGAGACUGCUGUUAGAGGAGAGGGUAUGAAACUUUCCCCGAAACCUGGUACUGUUGAGCUGAAAACUGCCAAGGUAGAUUCUGAAAGUCAGAGGCAAACUAGAUCUCCAGGAGCAGUCACAACAGCACCAGAGAGUCAGAAAAGUGAGGCUGCUCUUGUACAGGAAACUACUGAUGAACUUGUCAAGAAGUCCAGGGAGGAGCUUGAAAGCAAACUGCCCACUUCUGCAGAAGAGUUCAUCACAGUUGUAACUGAGAACAUUGUCAUCAAAGGUGGGCUUGAGGGUGAUGUCACUGAUGCGGUAGUGGAAGAGACUAAAGUAAUUCCAAUCCUGAGGAGAUCAAAGAAAGGCCCAGACAGUCAAAAAACAACACCAUCAGAGGAGGUUGUCAAGAGACUGACUGAGACUGCUGUUAGAGGAGAGGGUAUGAAACUUUCCCAGAAACCUGGAACUGUUGAACUGAAAACUGCCAAGGUAGAUGCUGAAAGUCAGAGGCAAACUAGAUCUCCAGGAGCAGUCACAACAACACCAGAGAGUCAGAAAAGUGAGGCUGCUCUUGUACAGGAAACUAUUGAUGAACUUGUCAAGAAGUCCAAGGAGGAGCUUGAAAGCAAACUGCCCACUUCAGCUGAAGAGUUCAUCACAGUUGUAACUGAGAACAUUGUCAUCAAAGGUGGGCUUGAGGGUGAUGUCACUGAUGCCAUAGUGGAAGAGACUAAAGUAAUUCCAAUCCAGAGGAGGUCAAAGCAAGGCCCAGAUAGUCAGAGACCAACACCAUCAGAGGAGGCUGUCAAGAGACUGACUGAGACUGCUGUUAGAGGAGAGGGUAUGAAACUUUCCCAGAAACCUGGUACUGUUGAGCUGAAAACUGCCAAGGUAGAUGCUGAAAGUCAGAGGCAAACUGCAUCUCCAGGUGGGGUCACAACACUAUCUGAAAUCACAAAAACCACAACUGAGAUUCAGCAGCGAUAUCUGGUCCUCGAUCUGCCUGAGAUGGGGUCCACCCAGAUAAGUCAGAGGAUGGCAUAUAAACCAGAGAAAGAGCCUGUGGCAGGAACUGAAAGUAAACCAUCCACUACAGCUGAAGAGUUCAUCACAGUUGUAACUGAAAAGAUUGUCAUCAAAGGAGAGCUUGAGGGUGAUGUCACUGAUGCCAUAGUGGAAGAGACUAAAGUAAUUCCAAUCCAGAGGAGGCCGAAGCAAGGCCCAGACAGUCAGAGACCAAUGCCAUCAGAGGAGGUUGUCAAGAGACUGACUGAGACUGCUGUUAGAGGAGAGGGUAUGAAACUCUCCCAGAAACCUGAGCUGAAAACUGCCAAGGUAGAUGCUGAAAGUCAGAGGCAAACUAGAUCUCCAGGAGCAAUCACAACAACACCAGAGAGUCAGAAAAGUGAGGCUGCUCUUGUACAAGAAAAUAUUGAUGAGCAGGUGAAGAAGUCCAAGGAGGAGCUUGAAAGCACACUGCCCACUUCCGCUGAAGAGUUCAUCACAAUUGUCACUGAGAACAUUGUCAUCAAAGGUGGGCUUGAGGGUGAUGUCACUGAUGCCGUAGUGGAAAAGACUAAAGUAAUUCCAAUCCAAAGGAGAUCAAAGAAAGGUCCAGACAGUCAAAAAACAACACCAUCAGAGGAGGUUGUCAAGAGACUGACUGAUACUGCUGUUAGAGGAGAGGGUAUGAAACUUUCCCAGAAACCUGGAACUGUUGAACUGAAAACUGCCAAGGUAGAUGCUGAAAGUCAGAGGCAAACUAGAUCUCCAGGAGCAAUCACAACAACACCAGAGAGUCAGAAAAGUGAGGCUGCUCUUGUACAGGAAACUAUUGAUGAACUUGUCAAGACGUCCAAGGAGGAGCUUGAAAGCACACUGCCCACUUCAGCUGAAGAGUUCAUCACAGUUGUAACUGAGAACAUUGUCAUCAAAGGUGGGCUUGAGGGUGAUGUCACUGAUGCCGUAGUUGAAGAGACUAAAGUAAUUCCAAUCCAGAGGAGAUCAAAGAAAGGUCCAGAAAGUCAAAAAACAACACCAUCAGAGGAGGUUGUCAAGAGACUGACUGAGACUGCUGUUAGAGGAGAGGGUAUGAAACUUUCCCAGAAACCUGGAACUGUUGAGCUGAAAACUGCCAAGGUAGAUGCUGAAAGUCAGAGGCAAACUAGAUCUCCAGGAGCAGUCACAACAAUACCAGAGAGUCAGAAAAGUGAGGCUGCUCUUGUACAAGAAACUAUUGAUGAGCAGGUGAAGAAGUCCAAGGAGGAGCUUGAAAGCAAACUGCCCACUUCAGCUGAAGAGUUCAUCACAGUUGUCACUGAGAAAAUUGUCAUCAAAGGUGGGCUUGAGGGUGAUGUCACUGAUGCGGUAGUGGAAGAGACUAAAGUAAUUCCAAUCCAAAGGAGAUCAAAGAAAGGUCCAGACAGUCAAAAAACAACACCAUCAGAGGAGGUUGUCAAGAGACUGACUGAGACUGCUGUUAGAGGAGAGGGUAUGAAACUUUCCCCGAAACCUGGUACUGUUGAGCUGAAAACUGCCAAGGUAGAUGCUGAAAGUCAGAGGCAAACUAGAUCUCCAGGAGCAAUCACAACAACACCAGAAUGUCAGAAAAGUGAGGCUGCUCUUGUACAAGAAACUAUUGUUGAGCAGGUGAAGAAGUCCAAGGAGGAGCUUGAAAGCACACUGCCCACUUCAGCUGAGGAGUUCAUCACAGUUGUAACUGAGAACAUUGUCAUCAAAGGUGGGCUUGAGGGUGAUGUCACUGAUGCCAUAGUGGAAGAGACUAAAGUAAUUCCAAUCCAGACGAGGUCAAAGCAAGGCCCAGACAGUCACAGACCAACACCAUCAGAGGACGUUGUCAAGAGACUGACUGAGACUGCUGUUAGAGGAGAGGGUAUGAAACUUUCCCAGAAACCCGGAACUGUUGAGCUGAAAACUGCCAAGGUAGAUGCUGAAAGUCAGAGGCAAACUAGAUCUCCAGGAGCAAUCACAACAACACCAGAGAGUCAGAAAAGUGAGGCUGCUCUUGUACAAGAAACUAUUGAUGAGCAGGUGAAGAAGUCCAAGGAGGAGCUUGAAAGCAAACUGCCCACUUCAGCUGAAGAGUUCAUCACAGUUGUAACUGAGAACAUUGUCAUCAAAGGUGGGCUUGAGGGUGAUGUCACUGAUGCGGUAGUGGAAGAGACUAAAGUAAUUCCAAUCCUGAGGAGGUCAAAGCAAGGUCCAGACAGUCAGAGACCAACACCAUCAGAGGAGGUUGUCAAGAGACUGACUGAGACUGCUGUUAGAGGAGAGGGUAUGAAACUUUCCCCGAAACCUGGAACUGCUGAGCUGAAAACUGCCAAGGUAGAUGCUGAAAGUCAGAGGCAAACUAGAUCUCCAGGAGCAAUCACAACAACACCAGAGAGUCAGAAAAGUGAGGCUGCUUUUGUACAAGAAAGUACCGAUGAGCUUGUCAAGAAGACCAAGGAGGAGCUUGAAAGCACACGGCCCACUUCAGCUGAAGAGUUCAUCACAGUUGUAACUGAGAACACUGUCAUCAAAGGUGGGCUUGAGGGUGAUGUCACUGACGCUGUAGCAGAAGAGACUAAAGUAAUUCCAAUCCAGAGGAGAUCAAAGAAAGGUCCAGACAGUCAAAAAACAACACCAUCAGAGGAGGUUGUCAAGAGACUGACUGAGACUGCUGUUAGAGGAGAGGGUAUGAAACUUUCCCAGAAACCUGGAACUGUUGAGCUGAAAACUGCCAAGGUAGAUGCUGAAAGUCAGAGGCAAACUAGAUCUCCAGGAGCAGUCACAACAGCACCAGAGAGUCAGAAAAGUGAGGCUGCUCUUGUACAAGAAAGUAUUGAUGAUCUGGUGAAGAAGUCCAAGGAGGAGCUUGAAAGCAAACUGCCCACUUCAGCUGAAGAGUUCAUCACAGUUGUCACUGAGAACAUUGUCAUCAAAGGUGGGCUUGAGGGUGAUGUCACUGAUGCCGUAGUUGAAGAGACAAAAGUAAUUCCAAUCCAGACGAGGUCAAAGCAAGGUCCAGAAAGUCAAAAAACAACACCAUCAGAGGAGGUUGUCAAGAGACUGACUGAGACUGCUGUUAGAGGAGAGGGUAUGAAACUUUCCCAGAAACCUGGAACUGUUGAGCUGAAAACUGCCAAGGUAGAUGCUGAAAGUCAGAGGCAAACUAGAUCUCCAGGAGUAAUCACAACAACACCAAAGAGUCAGAAAAGUGAGGCUGCUCUCGUACAAGAAACUAUUGAUGAGCUUGUCAAGAAGUCCAAGGAGGAGCUUGAAAGCACACUGCCCACUUCAGCUGAAGAGUUCAUCACAGUUGUCACUGAGAAAAUUGUCAUCAAAGGUGGGCUUGAGGGUGAUGUCACUGACGCUGUAGCAGAAGAGACUAAAGUAAUUCCAAUCCAGAGGAGAUCAAAGAAAGGCCCAGACAGUCAGAAAACAACACCAUCAGAGGAGGUUGUCAAGAGACUGACUGAGACUGCUGUUAGAGGAGAGGGUAUGAAACUUUCCCAGAAACCUGGAACUGUUGAACUGAAAACUGCCAAGGUAGAUGCUGAAAGUCAGAGGCAAACUAGAUCUCCAGGAGCAAUCACAACAACACCAGAAUGUCAGAAAAGUGAGGCUGCUCUUGUACAAGAAACUAUUGUUGAGCAGGUGAAGAAGUCCAAGGAGGAGCUUGAAAGCACACUGCCCACUUCAGCUGAGGAGUUCAUCACAGUUGUAACUGAGAACAUUGUCAUCAAAGGUGGGCUUGAGGGUGAUGUCACUGAUGCCGUAGUUGAAGAGACUAAAGUAAUUCCAAUCCAGAGGAGGUCAAAGCAAGGCCCAGACAGUCAGAGACCAACACCAUCAGAGGAGGUUGUCAAAAGAUUAACUGAGACUGCUUCUAGAGAAAUUCAUAGACAACCAAAAGUUGAACCUGAUAAGAACAGGCAACCUGCUCUCAAGGAUGACAGUCCAGUUAGUAAGAUGCUAACUCUUGAGGUCAGUGGAACCAUUCAAGAACUCCCAGGAAAAAAAGUGGCCACAUUUAUUCUGGACACGCCUGACAGUCUUGUACAGAUAGUUGAUACUAAACCAUUGAUCAGCAGCGAGGGUAAACCUCUUGCCUCUCCUGUGCUAUUGAAGGCUGAUACCACUUCAAGGCAAUCACCUGGAAAAGUGGGUACAAAACCUCUACAUUCUGAAGUACAGGAGACAAAAGACAGAUCUACAGAAGCCCUGGAACCAACCACCACCAAGUCAACGGAAAAAGGCUUGAGUUUAAUUUCUCAAACCCAACCACCUACUUUGCCAAGGUGUACUGACAAACCUCAAGAGGCAGGUAUUGUGGAUAACCUAACACAAAACACAGCUGAGCUUCAGCAGAGAUAUUUGGUUCUUGAUCUGCCUGAGAUGGGGUCCACCCAGAUAAGUCAGAGGAUGGCAUCUAAACCAAAUAAAGAGCCUGUGGCAGGAACUGAAAGUAAACCAUCCAAUGCAGCUGAAGAGUUCAUCACAGUUGUAACUGAAAAGAUUGUCAUCAAAGGUGGGCUUGAGGGUGAUGUCACUGAUGCUGUAGCAGAAGAGACUAAAGUAAUUCCAAUCCAGAGGAGAUCAAAGAAAGGUCCAGACAGUCAAAAAACAACACCAUCAGAGGAGGUUGUCAAGAGACUGACUGAGACUGCUGUUAGAGGAGAGGGUAUGAAACUUUCCCAGAAACCUGGAACUGCUGAGCUGAAAACUGCCAAGGUAGAUGCUGAAAGUCAGAGGCAAACUAGAUCUCCAGGAGCAAUCACAACAACACCAGAGAGUCAGAAAAGUGAGGCUGCUUUUGUACAAGAAAGUACCGAUGAGCUUGUCAAGAAGUCCAAGGAGGAGCUUGAAAGCACACGGCCCACUUCAGCUGAAGAGUUCAUCACAGUUGUAACUGAGAACACUGUCAUCAAAGGUGGGCUUGAGGGUGAUGUCACUGACGCUGUAGCAGAAGAGACUAAAGUAAUUCCAAUCCAGAGGAGAUCAAAGAAAGGUCCAGACAGUCAAAAAACAACACCAUCAGAGGAGGUUGUCAAGAGACUGACUGAGACUGCUGUUAGAGGAGAGGGUAUGAAACUUUCCCAGAAACCUGGAACUGUUGAGCUGAAAACUGCCAAGGUAGAUGCUGAAAGUCAGAGGCAAACUAGAUCUCCAGGAGCAGUCACAACAGCACCAGAGAGUCAGAAAAGUGAGGCUGCUCUUGUACAAGAAAGUAUUGAUGAUCUGGUGAAGAAGUCCAAGGAGGAGCUUGAAAGCACACGGCCCACUUCAGCUGAAGAGUUCAUCACAGUUGUCACUGAGAACAUUGUCAUCAAAGGUGGGCUUGAGGGUGAUGUCACUGAUGCCGUAGUUGAAGAGACAAAAGUAAUUCCAAUCCAGACGAGGUCAAAGCAAGGUCCAGAAAGUCAAAAAACAACACCAUCAGAGGAGGUUGUCAAGAGACUGACUGAGACUGCUGUUAGAGGAGAGGGUAUGAAACUUUCCCAGAAACCUGGAACUGUUGAGCUGAAAACUGCCAAGGUAGAUGCUGAAAGUCAGAGGCAAACUAGAUCUCCAGGAGUAAUCACAACAACACCAAAGAGUCAGAAAAGUGAGGCUGCUCUCGUACAAGAAACUAUUGAUGAGCUUGUCAAGAAGUCCAAGGAGGAGCUUGAAAGCACACUGCCCACUUCAGCUGAAGAGUUCAUCACAGUUGUCACUGAGAAAAUUGUCAUCAAAGGUGGGCUUGAGGGUGAUGUCACUGACGCUGUAGCAGAAGAGACUAAAGUAAUUCCAAUCCAGAGGAGAUCAAAGAAAGGCCCAGACAGUCAGAAAACAACACCAUCAGAGGAGGUUGUCAAGAGACUGACUGAGACUGCUGUUAGAGGAGAGGGUAUGAAACUUUCCCAGAAACCUGGAACUGUUGAACUGAAAACUGCCAAGGUAGAUGCUGAAAGUCAGAGGCAAACUAGAUCUCCAGGAGCAAUCACAACAACACCAGAGAGUCAGAAAAGUGAGGCUGCUCUUGUACAGGAAACUAUUGAUGAUCUGGUGAAGAAGUCCAAGGAGGAGCUUGAAAGCAAACUGCCCACUUCAGCUGAAGAGUUCAUCACAGUUGUCACUGAGAACAUUGUCAUCAAAGGUGGGCUUGAGGGUGAUGUCACUGAUGCGGUAGUGGAAGAGACUAAAUUAAUUCCAAUCCAGAGGAGGUCAAAGCAAGGCCCAGACAGUCAGAAAACAACACCAUCAGAGGAGGUUGUCAAGAGACUGACUGAGACUGCUGUUAGAGGAGAGGGUAUGAAACUUUCCCCGAAACCUGGUACUGUUGAGCUGAAAACUGCCAAGGUAGAUGCUGAAAGUCAGAGGCAAACUAGAUCUCCAGGAGCAAUCACAACAACACCAGAGAGUCAGAAAAGUGAGGCUGCUCUUGUACAAGAAACUAUUGAUGAUCUGGUGAAGAAGUCCAAGGAGGAGCUUGAAAGCAAACUGCCCACUUCAGCUGAAGAGUUCAUCACAGUUGUCACUGAGAAAAUUGUCAUCAAAGGUGGGCUUGAGGGUGAUGUCACUGAUGCCGUAGUUGAAGAGACUAAAGUAAUUCCAAUCCAGACGAGGUCAAAGCAAGGUCCAGAAAGUCAAAAAACAACACCAUCAGAGGAGGUUGUCAAGAGACUGACUGAUACUGCUGUUAGAGGAGAGGGUAUGAAACUUUCCCAGAAACCUGGAACUGUUGAACUGAAAACUGCCAAGGUAGAUGCUGAAAGUCAGAGGCAAACUAGAUCUCCAGGAGCAAUCACAACAACACCAGAGAGUCAGAAAAGUGAGGCUGCUCUUGUACAGGAAACUAUUGAUGAUCUGGUGAAGAAGUCCAAGGAGGAGCUUGAAAGCAAACUGCCCACUUCAGCUGAAGAGUUCAUCACAGUUGUCACUGAGAAAAUUGUCAUCAAAGGUGGGCUUGAGGGUGAUGUCACUGAUGCCGUAGCAGAAGAGACUAAAGUAAUUCCAAUCCAGAGGAGGUUAAAGAAUUGCCCAGACAGUCAGAGACCAACACCAUCAGAGGAGGUUGUCAAGAGACUGACUGAGACUGCUGCUAGAGGAGAGGGUAUGAAUCUCUCCCAGAAACCUGACCAAACUGAAGUACCAACACCUGAGACUAAAGCUGCGGAGGAGAGCCCGGUUAAAGUUGAGGAUAUCCAGAUGAAGCAUGAAGUUCGUGUCCUACAGCUUGAUGUACCUGCUGGCAAGACGCAGACGAAAGACGCAUUUGUUUCAGGAGGAGACGAACCAAGGAUAGACAAUGUUCAGAGUGAUAAACUACCAGAGACCAAAGGUACUUUAACUGCUGAUAUAACUGUAGAGAAAGGUGCUGUUCAAGUGACAACAAUAAAAUUGCAGGAAAGGAACAUUGAAAAUAAAAACAGCGCUCUGAAGGACUCUACUCAACCAACUGCGCCAAAUUCACAACAAUUGCAACCACGUGAGACAGAGACAGAAAUCAUUGAAUUAAGCUUAUAUGAGCAAGAUAAAGCAACGCCAAGCCAAGCUGGAGCCAAAACCAAACUUUUUAAAACCACACAGGACAGACCUGCAGUGGCAAAAGGGAUGCAGAUGGAGCAUCCUGAAGUACCAAUGCUUGGUAUGACUGAUGAACCUUUUGGCUUUGAUGAAACUGGUAAAAGGUUUAGGAUGGAAAAAGUCCAGAUGGGGCCUGAGGUGCAAAUCCUAGAGCUGGACAUAAUGACGGGUCAAGAUGACAAGGAAACAUCCAUCACAAUAGCGAAAGAGCCUAGAGCAAAUAUAGUUCAAACAAGUACAGAGCGUGAAAUGAAAGAGAAACCUGUCAGUAUGAAGACAAUCCAGAAGGAGGCAAAAAUCCCUGGUUUAAGCUCAUCUGAAGGUGAAAAGUUGAAAUCCAGCCCAAGAGUAACAAAGGAAAAAAUCAAAACAACUCAGGAUAAGGAUGAACUUACCCCUGAUGUGCAGCCUGACAAAUCUACAGUUAAAACAGUGACAGUACAAGUGCAAGAAACCAUCACCCAACCCCUCUCUGGGCCCAGUUUGGUACCAGGAGUCCAAACAGAGAGAGAAAUAAAAGAUGUAGUGGAAAAGAAACAAGAACUGAAAGAUAGGGAGAAAAGUAUAACUCAGAAGGAGGGAAAGGAAAAAAUGGACAAAAUGGAAACCCAACCAACGGCAACAACCACAACCAGUGGAGAAGUGAGGCUUCAUUCGCCACAGAAGCAGGUGUACAAGACUGACGAGGUAUUGCCAACAUCACUGCAGGCAGUUCAGAAAUCCACAGCUGCCAUUUCCUGGGGUGAGACAACCCUGUUGGAAGGAUUGCCACCCCAGGAAAAGAAAAUUCAGGCCGAGGCAAGUGCUGUAAAGACUGAGAAACCUGUUCUGGAAGAACCAGAGGGAUCCGCCAUGAGGAAUAUCUUCAAAGAAAUACAGCUACGCACAGGAUCUGGACCAAGCAGUCCACUGACUGAGGGAAAACCGGUGAUGGAUACUCCAGAGGGUCUAAUUCCAUCCACCAGUGAUCUAGACAGUUGUCUCAACAGGGUGGUUUCUAAAGUCCUGAGCUGCAAGACCCAACCAGGAGAGCUCAGCCCAUCAUCCAUGGCCCAACAGCUGGAGGAGGCUCAGAAAUGUCGCAAGAUGGCUGUGGAACAAAUGACACUGCUCUCUCAGCUGAGAGGAUCUGAUGCUGAGAACAGAGAAGCUCUGGAUCAGGUGGAAGACCAGUUGAGUACUGCAAUACAGGAUGCAACAGCUGUCAUCAAAAGUAAAGAGGCCCAGCUGCAGGACGUGACAGAGUACUGCAAGCAGAACAAAGCAGCAGAAACAGCGCUGGAGAAACUGGCAGCUGACCUGGAUGCUGUUAAGACGUCCCCAGAGGAGAGCAGCUCACAGGAGGCCAAGCGACUGAACUCCUUACAAAAAAGUAUGGAGGGGAACAGAACAGUACUUGGACAGUUGCUCUUAGCCCAUACCAAGGUAUGUCCUCACCUGAGUCAGUCAGAAAAAGCCACUGCAGAGACUGAUCACAAGAACCUACAACAGAAGUGGAGGGACCUGGAAAGAGCUGUGGAGAGGUCCAUUUAUCACACAAAUAUGCAUUCUCAAGAGACCAACUCCCUUCUGUUGGAGAUAGAAAGUCUUCAGGAAGAUUUGGAGGGAACCAACAAAGACCUUAAAGCUAUGUCUCCUUCAGGUGCUCCAUGGGAUUGCAAGAAGGCACAGCAGCUGAUGGUGGCAAAUGCUGAGGUAAAUGCUGCCAAGCAAAAAUACAAUAAUCUGCAGCAGCAGUUAGAGGCACUACUCCCCAGCUCACGUUGGGAGACGGAAACAAAAAAGAUAGAGCAGGAGCUUCAGAAGGUGAAAGACCAGCUGUCCCACACAGAGGAACUGGUGUCCUCCCAGACGCAGAACAGCAGCAACCCCACUAUGGAGAAGAUCAUCGUGGUGAUGAGGGACGGACUUGCCUGGGCAAAGCAAACAGAGAGUGACAUUGGGGGUAGGACAAAGAGGGUGGCUCUUCUGCCUGAGGAGGUGCACCAGCAGCUUAAAGAUCUGAAGAAGCUGCAGUCUGAGGUCCUAGCCAAACAGGGCCAACUGGAGUCUCUGGUGGAGGAGGUGACAGAGCUUCUUCCACAGUUGGAUCAGGCUGAGGAGGUUCCUAUGGUGCGCAAAUCUCUGGAAUCCCUUGAAGAUCUCUCAAAGUCAACAACUGAGAAGCUAGCCAAGGCUGUAAGAGAAACUGAGUCAGGACUUCAAACCAGAGAGAAGCUGUCAGAGCAGAUUGCUGACCUGGACUCCUGGGUUGUGGCUCAGCUUCAAAGAGAGGCUUCCAGGAGCAUCGACACUGAGCUCAGGAGUCCUACAGAGUUUGAUCGCAGAGUUCGUCAAAUCCAAGAUACCCUGGCAGAAGCUGAGAAGCAGUCUGCUGUCGGGGAGGCUCUGCUAAUGAAGAGUAAAGACAUUGCCUCAGAACUUAGCAUCACAGAGAACUGUCAGCUUUAUGACAAGCUUACCAACCUCAAAGAGGACAUCCAGGCCAUCAGCAGCUAUGAGAAGGCCAACCAGAAGGAGCUGGACUCACUCACUCAGACUGUAGAGACAAGCAAGAGAAACCUGGUAGCAACUGAGAAAAGUCUAAAGCAGAUGUUAGUGGAUCUGAAUAGGCACAAGUUUCCAAUCACAAGAGAGUCCCUGCAAGCAUUUGAGCCUUUUAAACAGAUGAUUUUGGAGCACAAGUCUCAGGUUGACCUUCUGCAACCAUGGAUUCCUCAAGAAAAAUCAAAGGAGUUAUACUCAAUUAUUUCUGAGCUUCACAGCAAAAUGGUCGCCCUGGAAACGAAAGUCAAAGAUCAUGAGGGAUACUUGAACACGAGGCAGUUUUUGGAAGACCUUAGGGAGAAUGUUCAGGAGCAGGUCCCUCACACAAAAGAUGACAGCAGGGACAUGGAGGAAAAGUAUAAAGUCUGUCAGACACUUCUGGUCCAGUUCCCUCUGAUGAGAUAUUUAUCCAAGGAGGCUCAUUCCAAACUCCAGACAAUCUCUGCUGACCUGUACCCCUCCCAGCUGAACGCAGAGCGACAAAGGCUGAAACAGAACGAGGACACCAAUGACACCUUGGAGAUGACACUCUACAACAACCUCAGCAUCAUAGAGAGGAACCUGCUGAAGGAGCUGGACCUGAACACAGAGAGGGAAGCAACCAGAGUGUUUCUCCAGAAUAUUCAGCAGGAGCUCCAAACACUUCCAACAUUGGAGCCAAAUGAUACAACAAUUGAUAAUGAAUACCGGAGACUCAUCUCUUUGAAAAAGAAUGUAGAGUCAAGGGUGAGAGCACUGGAGGUUCUGGAGCAAAAGAAAGGAGACAAAAAAGGCCGUGGAUCUCGAGAUGUGAUGGUCCUGAAGAAAAUAAUCCUCAGUGAAUGUGACAAACAAAUGCUGGAAAUCUCCAAAGCCAAAGAGUAUUUCAGAAACUACAUAUCUGCUGUGAAACAAGCAGCCCAGUUCCUGAGAGGCAUUGAAGUCUCUCUCCUGCCACCUCACGGCUCUUCUGGCCCCUGCUCUGAAAGGGUGGAGGAGACACAGCAGUCUUUGGAAACACUGCAGCAGCAGUUCCAGACUCAUGUGGAGAAUCUACAGAGCCAGAAUGUCCUCCAUCCUUACCUGUCCCCUCAGAAGGUGGAGCAGCUCCAGGAGAAUAUUCUGAGUCAGCUCCUGGUGAGGAUGUCCACUAUUCAGGCAAAGGGGCAUGUACACCUGGAUCGCCUGAGCAGGUGUGCUGAAAACCACAAGAAGUACACCAAGUGUCAUGAUGAAAUCAUGAAGAGUUUGAGGAGUGCAGAGAACAACCUUUCACACUACAUCUGUCAGAAAGUCACCUGUCUAGCCGACUGCACUGACCAGCAAGCCAAGCUUAAAGCUUUGUCGGAGGAGGUUGAGGUGCUGCAGAAGCGUCUGGAAGAGCUGAAGGAGUGGUGCCCAGAGCAGAGCUGUUGUGGAGGCAGGGUGACCAACAUGACUGCUCUCUGGAAACGACUAGCAAGACUACGCCGCUGUACACUGUGGCUGUCAGCCCGGAGUACACAGAGAGUCAAUGAAUGGAGCAAAAUCACCAACAGCGUUGAGAAGGCCUCAACUGUCCUAGACCAGGUGGAGAAGGAGCUUCCUGAUAGCUCUAAGGUUAAAGCCUCAACUGAGGAGCUUCAGGACCUGCUGCAGCCCUGGGAACAGUACCAGGACAGGCUGGACUGUGAACAUCGUGCCCUGUCUGCACUGGAACUGCGCACUGCUAGACUGGUUGGCGUCCCCGCCCACCUUGAGCAGGCUCCUUCUAUUCCAAUCUGUCAGAGACUGCAGGCAAUGCAAGGUCGAUAUGGCAGUGUGAAGCAGAGGAGCAUGCAGGGUUUGGAGGCCGCCCGUUUGGAGCUGGAGGAGAGAGAAAAGGUUCGGGAAGAGCUGCAGGGCAUCAAGGUCUGGAUGGAGGCUGCAAACGGUGUUCUGUCAGAGAUGGAGAAGACGGGCAGCACACAGCAGCUACAGGAGGUUCAUAGCCAGAUGUGUACCCAGAAGGCUUUGCUCCAGCGCAUCAUGGAGAGCCUGAGAAUGAAGUACACAGACAUGAACACUCCAGUCCCGGUCGAGAUCGAAGGCCAGCAAAAGGAGGUCAAACAGUCCCUGCAUAAAGUAGAACUGAAGGUAGGAGAGGCAGUGAAGAGGAGUGGUCCUGUCCACAGGCUGGGGGCUAAGCUGUCUGAGAUCCUGGUCGGUCUGAGGUCAGUUCAGAGAAGACUUGAACAGAGAAGCCCCUCUGUGGUCCAAGCAAAGGUCACUCAAAAGCGUGUGUGGGAUGAGCUGGAUGUGUGGCACUCGUGCAUGGCGGCACUGGAGGUGGCCAUGCAGGACUUGGAGAAGCCAGAGGAGGCAUUGAGCCUCACAGAGAGGUUGGUGGAGGUCCAGCAGCUCCACUCUCAGCUUGCUAAACAGGCGGAGCAGAGGACCACCCUCCUCAGCAAGAUCCACAUGUGGCUUCAGGAGCAUCAGGAGAUGAUCAAGAGUUCUAAAAGCUGGAUGUCUGAGGCUCAAACAUGGCUUGCAUCUCCUUGCACCUACACCACCGCUAAAGAUCUGAGCAGCCAUGUUCAAGCUCUGAAGACGGUGCUUAAUGACUCGGCACAGAUCCGAAGCACUCUGCAGGGCUUCAGCUCCGUCCUUACAGAAAUGUCACAGGUUUGCGACAUCACAAAGCUUCAGGAACAGCUGAUCGAAGCCGAUCAUGAAGUGUCCAAUGUUCAGGACAGCUUUGCUGCUCCUCUGUCUCAGCUUGAGCACGCUGCUGCUGAGGUGGAAGCGAUUGAGAGUGAAGUCAGGCGAAUGGAGAACAACGUUUCGGAGAUCAAGACUUUAUUAACAUCUCCUGAGGCUUUCCCCAGUCCUAAAGAAGAAAGCCUCAAGGCUGUUGAGAAGAGAAUCCAGUCCAUGCGCAGGACGAUAGCUGAGAUCCAGAAGUGCAAACCAGGUCUUUGUCUGCCAGAGAAGGCUGAAGAGACCCUGGUCGUCUUUACCGUCGUUGACCAACUCCAGGGUUUGCUGCUUGAACUUGAGAAGAAAGUUCCGGCUCUGUUCAUCCAGCAGCCUCCAACUCCGGUCACAGCCAAAGCUCCAUCAACAACGUCUCAGCAUCCACUCCUGAAAUCUGGUUCAAAGGAUGAUGAGAAAGGAGGCACGGAGCAGGGCCAGAUCAGAAUAGCCCAUGUUGAGGAGGACGUAUUGAGGAAAUCCGGAGCUGCUCUCCUGACGGUGGAGCGUUCUUCAGCUGAACAGAGGAGGUCCUGGACACCUGAGGGCGCCAAGCAGCGGGAGCAUGGAGGCGUGCUCCAGGCUGUGGAAGCCACAGAGAAAUCAGGGAGUGAGGAGCAGAGAUUGGAAGAAGGUGGAGGAGGUGUUUUAUGGUGGCUCUGGGAUGCUUUCCUGGGCUCUUCUCCAGAGGAGCCCAUGGUGACGGUGAUAGAGGAGACAAAUGUUGACACUGAACAAAGGACUGAGCAGACUGAAGGAGCUGCACAGGGUGUUGAGGGUCCCACUGACAGCGCAGAAGCAAGUUCAUCUGAAGCUUUAUCAAAACCCCUGGGCACAGUCAGAACUCAGUCCCUGCCCGAGAGCAUGGUAAACACAACCGCCACAGUCAAAGUCUCCAAAGCCGAGUCUGCGGCCCAGCAGAGAUGUGUAGUAUCCUAGAUCUAGAACUUCUUUGACUACAACUUUUUUCUUCUUGAAGUAAGCGCUGAACGCCCAGCUUCUUCUAGAGCAUUGUGCAGAAAGUUAAACCUGGAAACAAGCCUUUGAAUUCUACUAGAUUCAGUCAUUUUUUCUUGAUCAUUUCUAAGUACUCCAGUUUAUUCAGAAACCAAAAUCAUGUAGGCCUCACCUCUUCUUAACCUGACUCUAAACCAACCCUAGAACUUCUCUCAGAUUAGGGCUGGAUUAGACUUUGUGUGCACUCUGAAAUAAAUCAUGGAAUUCCUCUUCUCGAGCGCAAACAUUUAUCUGCAGAUGGAAUUACUAAUGCUGCUUCUUUUGGAAAUAAUACUCAGCGAUUUCUCGAGAGUUGCUGUUGAAGCAUACUUUCCCUCCUAGUAAACUCUAGAAGCCCUAGCAUUUGCAAGAACCAAACCUAGAACACAACCUAUUCUAGAUCUGCAAGCUGCCUCCAUAUUCAGAGUGCCUUUUCUAGAAACCAAGCUUCCUUGAUGUCCCCUUUAUUGUCUUGAUGAACCCCUUGAGCCUUGAUUUUAAGGCUUUGUCUGGAAUAUUCAAAAGCAAGCCUUGAAACAUUAAAAUAUGUCUGAUAAAACACUGGACCUCCCACUCUUUUCCAGAUUAUAGUCUAUGAACAUUCAUUAAUAUAUAUUUUUAAUUCAAGAGUUUCAUCUAUCUUGCAAAGCCAUCUGUUGAGCUUUUCAUUUAGUCUUGACGUGACAAACAUCAGAACUCCCUGCUUUUUAUACUGUAGAUUUUAAUCUCAAGCUGAGGUUUCAUUUGUAUCUUGCUCUAGAUGUCUGCUGUCUUCUAGAUUUGACUUAUAAUCCUGUAGCCUCUUCUAGAAUCCACUCUAAAACUACAGCUGCUCAAAAGUCUGUAGAACAAGUUUUUACUUUUGUUUUGACCUUUUUUUAGAUUGAACCCCAAAGCAUUUUUCUUCUAGAUACAAACCUAAAUCUUCCAAUUCCUCCCAAUUCUACUUAUGUUGUAGAACUGAAAUCUAGUCUAGAAAAAUUGCCUUGAUUUCAUGUCCGCCUCUAGAAUCUGGUAGAAAAAACUUGCUUUUAACUUCUUCUAGAACCCCUUUUAACGACUAAACUCAGAACCUUUAACUUUAUGUAGAUUUAAACCUAGAAACUUUGUUUCCUAUAAUCAGUAGAUCAGUCUAGACCACAUUAUUCUAGCACCAAGCCUAAACCUUCAUGUUUUUUCUAGAAAUGUAUGACUUUUAUUUCUCAGUGCAUUUACAUGGCAGAAAAUUCCAGAUAUUGGCUUCUGAUUUUUGUUUACAUUGGAUGUUUGCUUAUUAAUCAGUGUUUCUUAUUGAAUUAUGGAGGAUAGAGUGUAGAGGAUAGGACUGAGUAAGGAAACCAAAAAUCUUUUUACGAGUAUUUGUGUGUUUACGUGAAGGACUACUGAGCUCGCCUUUCCUUAUGGAGUAAUUCUGCUUAUUCUUUAAUGAGUGCUCACCACUGAGAUGUGGGUAGAGAUGACUCAGCACAUUUUAUGCAACUGUAUGAGAAGUGGUUAGUGGGUGAUGGGUACGAUUACACCAAAAGAUUCAAGCAGACUGAUAGCAUUUAGCAUGUGAGGUGGAUGGUUUUUAACAUUCUGCUCUGAAAGAAGCUUCUGCAUGGACCUUAAAUCUGGUUGGUUUAUAUGUUUUUAUAAAAGGCAGAAAGAAAUGUACUAAUAGGCAUAUUCUGUAACCCAUGUUUUUAUGUAUCAUAUAAAAAAUAAUGAUAAAAAAACAUCUUUUUUGAAUGUUGACUUUUCAUGUAUUAGCUAAGCUUUUGCCAACAAAAACAGAAUAUAUCUGUUGAAAUAAACUCGUUUGUUCGCUUUCAUGCAUCUGCAAUUUGUAUUUCCAUGAGCUGAAUAUGAUCAUGAUCUGAUGGAGGUUUUAUAGUUUGGUAAAAUACCUUUAUUAAGAUGACUGUUGACCAUGAAAAUGCACUGGUUUGACAUUAUUACUGAUUAACACACUGAUGCAAGCAGGUGAAAACCACACAGCUCCAAAUUAAGUGUUAAUUUUCUGAUUGAUUAUUAAUAAGAAUUUUUUAUGGAAUUCAACAAAAGUGAUGUCACUUACAUGCUCACAUGAUUUAAGCACUUCAUCAUAAUCCAAGAAGCUGUCAUUUUUGGAGGUUUAAGGUUUUCACCUGGAAGCAGCAGUACUGAGAUGUCUUACAUUACCUGGCAUGUGCUGUACCUGUACCUUUUUCACUAUUUUUCCAUUCUGUCCACAUAUCCAAACAAAAACACAAAUACAAAUAAAGCCACAACAGUGAUCCACUC